AGUAGCGACGGCGGUGACCGUUCGAGUAGCUUUCGGCUGCAGCGAAAUCUGGCAAGAAGCGUGGCUCCUUUAAUAUACGGAGAAGAAAAGAAAAAAAAAAUCAUAAACAUCGAUUUGGCAAAAACGAAUUCAAAAGGAAACACGUACAAACUGAAAAUUAGCACCCGUGCAGCCAUGGUCUAUAAACAUUUACGAAGGCUACUAUAUGGUUGAAGCGAUACCAAUAACAAGCUGCUCCGCUCCGUGAUGUGCCAUUGUCGGGGAAGAGCUACUCACUCGAGGUCCAGGCUGAGGCCUACUUAUUAAAGAUCUCCUCCUUUUCAUCCCCUCCUGAGUCUCAUCAUCAUUCACGAUGGCCGAGGAUCCGCAACAACCUGAUCAGCAACAUCAGAAGGCGAGUUCGGGUACAGGGGCGCUGCCAGCCCUUGUUCCGGGGUUGCAAGGGGCAGAGGCCACCGCUUUGCAGCACAAAAUCAAAAACUCCAUCUGCAAAACUGCACAAUCAAAAGUGGAGAGCAUAUUGCAAGACAUUGAAAAGUUUUCAGAUAUUGAAAAGCUCUACCUCUACCUCAGGCUGCCUUCUGGUCCCAGCAGUGGUAAUGAGAAAAAUGAUCAGGGGUCCAUGUCGUCCAGUCGUACCCAGCAGAUGUAUGCAUUUAAUUGGAUUCGAAAUCAUCUGGAGGAGCAUCCAGAAACUUCUCUUCCAAAGCAAGAGGUCUAUGAUGAAUACAAGAGUUAUUGUGACAAUCUCGGCUACCAUCCGUUAAGUGCGGCUGACUUUGGAAAGAUCAUGAAGAAUGUCUUUCCGAACAUGAAGGCACGUCGUCUGGGCAUGAGAGGCAAAUCAAAGUAUUGCUACAGUGGCCUGAGGAAGAAGGCUUUUGUGCACAUGCCUUCAUUACCUAACUUGGACUUUCAUAAAACGGGAGAUGGGUCUGAUGGGAUGGAGUCACCAGGGCAGCUACAAAGUGCAGAUGAAGAAGUCAGGUCGGCAGCCUGUGGGUUAGUGUGUGAGUGGGCGCACAAAGUGCUCAGCAGGCAGUUUGACUCGGUCGAGGACCUUGCACGCUUCCUUCUCAACAGCCAUUACAUUGGUACCAAAUCUGUGGCAGCUCUCACUGUAAUGGCUGGAUCCCACACAGGGAUGAAAACGCCAACGCAAGCCUCAGCAUUUGUUCCUACAGCAGAAACCAACACGUUCCAGCCACAAGUUAAGACUUUGCCGUCGCCCUCAAUCGAUGCCAAGCAGCAGCUACAGCGCAAAAUUCAGAAGAAGCAGCAAGAGCAGAAACUGCACUCUCCGCUGCCAGGCGAGCCCCAGAAUAGGCGAGCAGAAGUGUCAACACCUGGAGGUGUCCCAAGUAUCCCCAGCAGGAGCCCUGCACUCCUCUCACCUCAGCCCACAAUUGGCAUUGUGGUGGCAGCUGUCCCCAGUCCCAUCACGGUGCAAAGAAACACCCAGCUGGUAACCUCACCCAGUCCAGUCAGCACACCUGAAGGAAAAGUUGUUCCUGUAAACUUUCAAGUAGUUGCUCAGCACAUGCAGUCUGUGAAGCAGCCACCUCGGACUCCUCAAAACAUCCCAGCCAGCCCAGUUGGAGAUCGUUCAGCUCGGCAUCGUUACGCCCAGAUCCUUCCGAAACCAUCUGCUACCAGCGCUCUCACUCUUCGGUCUCCUACCACAGUGCUCAUCACCAACAGUCCUAUUAAAACUGUUAUGCCCACUUCGCAUGUGAGUUCAGUAAACGUGGUAAAAAUGACAGCAAUAUCAUUAGCCCCCAGCAACAGCGGAGCUGCACUUAGACCUGCCUCUGCUGGCAACAAUGGAGCAGGGGCAAGUGAGGAGUCCAGGGCAGGCCCACAUCUCAAAAACGGUUCCGGUGUCUCUCUUCAGUCUCCGGCAGCAAGGUCUAACAAUGAGGCCACCACACCUACUAUCGAAAUUAAAAUGGAGCCCGAAGCCAUAACUGACGACAACCAAACCCUCAGCACAGACGGCCUGGUCUUAACUCAGGAGGCACCAAACAAUCAAAAGGAUACCAACGAGAUGUGCUUGAAACCAACGGCUGUAGAUCCUGCUGUGCAGGCCAGGGGUUCUGAAGAAGACAGUGAGGUCAGAGUAGAAGGGACGAGGACCAAAUGUGAUGCAAAGUCCCUUUUGAACAACACUGUGGCAUCCUCUGCUGAGAGCAAUAAUCAUGCAAGCACUUUCUUUGUUGCAAUUUCAAACCAGAACACCAGCAUGACAUCAGCAUCGAAUUGCAAUGCAGCUGAUUCGCCGAAGGAAGCCAGUUCUGUUCCCAAGUGCCCUAGAAAGCGCUCUACAGGCUCUGCCUCCGAGUCUCAAGCACCACCUGUGAAAAAAGUGGUCAUUAGCCAGCAGUCUGUCGGAUGCCUGGAAGGAUCAAAGGCAGCAGUCACUGCAACGGUGAAGAAGAUGGCCAAGGCCAAACCUGAAUGUGUACCAGCAGCUGCAAUCGGGAAGGUGACUGUGAAGCUCAAUUCCUUGGUUGCAACGAGAAUCUUGGCUCACCCGCUUUCUGAAAUUCAACCAACGCACGUAAGUGAUUUUCAGAGAGUCAUAAGACCUUCAUCUGCACACGAUGUUGGCAUGAAACAAGAGGGAAGCCCAUCAUCCAUUGUGGAUACCAGCAUAACCCCAGGGGGCAGCUCUGAUCAGACGUUACUUCAGCAUAUUGCCAUUAAUCCUCCUCUGGUCCCCUCUGAUUCUGACAUGCUUGAAAGUGCCGAUGUAAACAGUCUGCAGAAAUCUGUGUGGGAACAUCUUGAAGGGAUGCAGCCGCAAGAGUACACCCAGCUCAUAACUCAGGCUACAGAAAUCGAACAGCUCCAGGGCUCUGCUCAGUUAUCUCUGCAUCCCGACAUGGCCGAGUUCUCUGGAUCACAGCCAAAUGAAAGCCUUUUUCCGUUUGAUGAUGAGAUUACCCAAGACAGUAUUGUGGACGAGUUAGUAUUAAUGGAGGAGCAAAUGAAAAUGAACAAUAACUCUCAGUCUUAUGGCAGUUGCUUGGGGAUGUCACUGCAGGGUCAGUCGGCAGUACCCCAAGGAGGACUGAUGUCUUCGCAGCAAGCAGGAACUUCUUUCUAUCACUCGGGUCACAGCAGCAGCACUCCAAUCCACACGCCUACUCCUAAUAUGACACCUACACCCACUCCCACUCAAACACCCACUUCAGAAAUGAUGGGUGGAGGCCAAGGCUUAUCCCGGGAGAGUCCCUGUUCAAGGAUGGCUCCAACAACUCCAGUUGACAGCGCUCUAGGGAGUAGUCGGCAAACGCCAAUUGGCACACCUCACUCCAAUUGCAGCAGUAGUGUUCCCCCAAGUCCUGUGGACUGCAGGAAUCCUUUUGCUUUCACACCUAUAAAUUCAAGCAUCAACGCUUACCAUGAUGCUAGUAUUGUGUCAAGCAGCCCCGUUAAGCCAAUGCAGAGGCCUAUGGCCACGCAUCCUGAUAAGGCCAAGUUGGAGUGGAUGAACAAUGGGUACAAUAGUGUAGGAAGCUCCGCCAUUUCGAACAACCCCAUUGGAAUUCUCCCCAGCUAUCAGGAUUUGGUUGACGAUCACUUCAGAAAGCCACACGCCUUCGCCAUACCAGGACAAUCCUAUCAGGUCCAGCCAAAGCAUCAGGAUGCACAUUUUAGUCGCUUGACCUCAAUUUCCCCAGUUCAGCAGCAAGUAGCAUCUAUGGCAAACACCAAAGAGGAAGGGUUUGCAGUUCCAGCCCCCUUGGACAUCAAAGGGACAAACACUUCCUCCGCCAGCAGCAGUUUUCGCUGUCGCAGCGUAAGCCCAGCUGUGCGUCAACGGAAUCUGAGUGGCAGCACGGUCUACCCAGUCGCUAAUCUCCCACGGACCAGCGUCAACCCCUUCAAUACUCCUGUGACUCCAGAAGUCCUUAAUAUCUUCAACAGCAGUCAAACAGAUGGGAGCGCUAGCAACAUGGCCCAGCGGAGUCAGUCAGUCCCAUUAAAUGUGAUGAUGCAGACAGCCGUACCUUCGAUUCCCAAACAGAAUAACAGCAAGAAAAUCACUAACGUCUUGUUGAGCAAGAUGGACUCUGACAACGAUGAUGCUGUUCGUGGUUUAGGCAUUAAUAAUCUGCCUUCCAAUUACACUGCUCGGAUGAAUCUUACCCAGAUUUUGGAAACCACACCCAGCUUUGCUAACGCCAGCCACCAAACCAUGAUGAGCCCCAGCCCUUCAGUCUAUGAAUUUCAGAAGCCAGGUUACCUCAUGAAAAAUAACCGAAAUGAACAUGUGAAUUUUUCUUCUGGGGAAAUACAAGCACAAUCAGAUAUUGGGGAGGAACAGGAGCAGCAGGUGCAACCACAGACGCAGCAACAGGCAAGUGAACAAGAGCUAGACUUCAACAACACUGUCAAGGACCUCCUAGGAGACGACAGCCUUAACCCGAGCUCACAGCUUGUGAGCCAGGUGGUGUCGGAGGUCGGUGCUGCUGCAUCUGAUUUUUCCAGUGAUAUCAGGUUAUCCUCGGAGCUUUCAAGCAGCAUCAGUGAUCUGAACACUUUAGAUACCAAUCUACUGUUUGACCCCAGUCGUCAGCAGGGACAGUUUGAAGACUCGACACUGGAGGAGUUAAAGAAUGAUCCAUUUUUCCAACAGAUAUGCAGUGAGUCUGUGAACUCCACAGGGUUUGACUGGCUGGAGAGCAAGGACCAGGCUACUGUGGAAAUGUUGGGUUAAUUGUUUUUUUUCUUCUUCUUUUUGUACUUAUCUAUGUGAAAGAUGUAUAGCACACUGUAUCAGAAUCUGGACGCAUCACAUUUGUCCAGUGAGAAGUGCCAUCCUAAACAGAAAAAAACAAAAUGUGCUUGGAGGAAUAUUUUAGGAAAGAUUUACUGCAUUCCAGUGCAUUAAUUUGGAAAGAAACAACAGUAAAAUAUAGAAGUAAUAAGAAUGCAAGGAGCGCGUUUGUUAAUGCUGUCCACAGGCACAGGGCUCGCUGUUCUCCUUUAGGGUGGAUUUUAUCACUUUGGCACAUUGCCUGCAGGUAAUGAUGAUGAUGAUGAUGAUGGUAAUGAUGAUGAUGAUGGUGACGUUCUUACCAUGUAUCCAAUAUAGCGUCUGUGUGUGUGCAUAUAUGUAUGGAUGUAUGUAGGGCUGUGUGUGUGUAUUUAGAUAGAUACACAAACACAUGGACUGUCUA